AGUUCUGUAGGUCUGUGAGCACUGUAAUAAGGGUCAGGUGUCUUGAUAUCACAGAUGUUCCUGACAUCACAGGUCUAAAAAACGAGGCAUUGUCGACUUUUAUUUUGACAUUAAGCUACAGACAUUUUCCCGGAAGUAAAUAAAAUAAUUAUCAGGGCGAUGAACGGAGGACAUGAGCACCGCUGAUGCAGACAUGGUCCCUUCAGAUUUCAAGUGUUUAGUGAGACGUUUUUACGAACUUCAGGCUGAGCGCGUGGAGGCAUAUAAACUUUUUGAAGAAGGUCAUGAGGCGUACCUGAGGACGGGGCCAGAGUACGACUUUGAGCAGUACAAACAGCUGGUUCAUGAGAUCACCAAAGCCUUCUGUGGAAUCUCCAAAGAGGUUCUAGAGAUAAAACAGCGUCUUCACCAAGACUUCGACCGACCGGAUCUCUCCGAACACCUUGAGAAGCUGCAGAUCAAAGAGAAACAGAAACUAGAUAUGACUGCAAAAUUACAGCUUGCCAAGCAGAGUGCACAAGAUCAUCCAGAAGACCAGAGCUACCAGGAGAAGGUUCAGGAGAUCAAACAAGUACAUCACCUGAUUUUGGGUCGAGACGCAUCGUGUGAUGUGACAACGCCUCACAUUUGUGUGUGUGGAACAUGAGUACAGCUCUCAUAGAAAGAAAAGAAGAAGUAACUUUACACACAAGAAAAGGGCCCCAAAAAUUCCCCAAGUUUUGCAUUUCAAAUUUGGAGGGAAAAAAAAGCUGCGAAAUCGACAUUGUUGCCGCCAAAAAAUAAAUCAAAAUGCCCAAAAAAUCACAGAGACUGACUGAAGUGGAUUCUUUUUUCUGCAAAAAAUUGUAUUAAGUAACCAAAAAAACCCACCAGCGAAAUGUCUCACUGUUGUUUUUUAUCCUUCUGCUUUUUUUCCCCAGCAUCAUAAAAACCAAGGAGUCUCUGAGUGAAAUCAUGCAGGAUUUCAAAUAUGACUCAGAAGAUGCAGAUUGACAUCCGAGAGACUGCGAACUCUGACCGAUACGGAUGGAGUUUACAGAACCUGACACUUCAGGAGCCGCCGGAGAUCUGAACUUUUAUCUGAACCUUUAGAUCAGUCUGGACUUUUUUUUGUCUUAUAACAAAAUCAGAACCCUUUUUUUUUUUGCUCCCGUGCAGAAUCAUUUUUAAAAAAAAAAGGUUAUUUAAGAAGAGAUUCCAAGGGAAACCUUUUGGGAUGGUGUUUCUGAAGAAAUGGUGUAGAAUUUGAUCUCGUUCAUGUGGCUCUGUACUAUGUGUUUAAAUGUAGACUAAUUAAACCAGUUGUUCACCAUG